CCGGCGGCGGCACUUCCGGUGCCCACGCGCCGCCGCCGCGCAGCUCCGGGGCCGUCACUUUGUGUAGCGCGGGGCGCGCAGGCCCGGCCCCAGCGUCCGCCCAGCGCGCGCGGCUCCAGUGGGCUGCUUCGCUGUCUUCUGCUGCCGGAAGGAGCCUGACCCCACUGGCUGUCCAGAGCAGAACCCGUGGCAGUGAAUGGACACUCCAGUCUAAACUUACCACUUCCCUGCCUCCUGCCCCACUGAGCUGGGCAUGCUUAGACCUCCCCAAGAUUCCCUCCCUGCUGCCGAGUUCGUGUGUAUUGAGAGCUGGGCUGAGCUGAGGCUUGUGUCCAGAGAAGAUGGCAGCCCUUCACACGACUCCAGACUCCCCAGCCAGCCAACUGGAGAGGGCAGAGGAUGGGCUGGAAUGUGAUCCUGAUCCGGAAGAUGAGGAGGAAGAGAAGGGGGAGGAGGCAGAGAUAGAGGAAGAAGAGGAGGAGGAGAUAGUAGUGGAAGAGGAAGAUGAGGAGGAGCCGGAGGAGUUGGAGGCAGGGCAUGUGGAGCAGGUGGAGGUGGAGUUGGAGGAGGACGAGACUGUGGAGGAGGUGGUGGCUGAGGAGCAGAGUCCGGCACUGGGGACCCAGGAGUGCCUUAGCCGUGGUGGUGAUGCCAAGGCCUCAGUUCUCCAGGACAGGGCCAUGCAGGCCCCUCAGGUUCCAGCCAUGCUUAGGGAUGAGGACCUGGAGGAGGAGGAGGAGGAAGACGACGAGGAAGAUGAUGCCGAUUCCCUGACAGCUGGGUCUCAGGGACUGGUGACCUUUGAAGAUGUGGCUGUGUACUUCUCUCUGGAGGAGUGGGAAAGGCUGGACGCAAACCAGCGGGACCUUUACAAGGAGGUCAUGCAGGAGAACUAUGGGAUCCUGGUGUCCUUGGGAUACCCCAUCCCCAAGCCAGAUCUGAUCUUCCGACUCGAGAGAGGAGAGGAACCUUGGGUCCCAGAUAGCCCCCGUCCUGAGGAGGGAGACAUUGUCACUGGUGUCUACACAGGGGCCUGGUUCUGGACCGAUGACAUAGAGGACCACGAGGAUGAUGAUGAUGAGGACUUCCUGGCAGAGGUGGCUGAGGAGGAGAACGAGCCCCCUGGGCUGUGGUCAGCGGCCUAUGGUGUGGGGGAUGUGCCUGGGACUUGGGGCCCGGACGACUCGGAUUCGGCGCAGACUCCAGAGGGGUGGGAGCCCGACCCUGGCGGCCUCGGAGUCCUUGCUGAGGGCUCCGAGGUGAAGCCCUUCCUGACGGGCCGGGAACCUGGCACGAACCUGCUCGUGCCCUGGGCGUUCCCAACUGCGGUGGAAGCUCCAGCCGGGCGACCCGAGACCACGUGCGACGUAUGCGGCAAGGUGUUCCCGCACCGGUCCCGGCUGGCCAAGCACCAGCGCUACCACGCGGCCGUCAAACCGUUCGGCUGUGAUGAGUGCGGUAAGGGUUUCGUGUAUCGCUCGCAUCUGGCCAUCCACCAGCGCACGCACACAGGCGAGAAGCCCUUCCCGUGUCCGGACUGCGGCAAGCGCUUCGUCUACAAGUCGCACCUGGUCACGCACCGGCGCAUACACACGGGCGAGCGGCCCUACCGCUGCGCUUUUUGCGGCGCGGGCUUUGGGCGCCGCUCCUACCUGGUCACGCACCAGCGCACACACACGGGGGAGCGGCCCUACCCAUGCCCGCACUGCGGCCGCAGCUUCAGUCAGAGCUCGGCGCUUGCGCGGCACCAGGCGGUGCACACGGCCGACCGACCGCACUGUUGCCCUGACUGCGGCCAGGCCUUCCGCCUGCGCGCAGACUUCCAGCGCCACCGGCGCGGCGGCGGCUGCAUGGAGCCUGGUGGCGAUGGCACUCGGCGGGAGUCCUGCGAAACGGCGCCCGCGGCAGGGCCCGAGGAUGCAGAGGCCGGGCCCGAGGGACUGGAGGAAUCCGAACCUGGCGAGGCGGAUGGAGAGGCCGAGGCCGAGGCCGAAGUGAGAGAGGUGACGGAGGCUACCGCCCCUGGGAGCAAGGAGGAUCCUGAGACGGGCCGGCGGUUUCUCGAGCUGGGCAACGGUCUCAGGGAGGUCGAAGGCCCUUCCUCGCACCCGCUCGGCUUCCACUUUCCGGUGCACCCCAAGUCUUGGCUGCACCCGGAUGGUUUCCAGAUCCUGGGCCUCCCGGACUUCGGGGAGCGACUGCCGGCCGACGGGCGCCCCCUGCCAGGGCCUCUGGUGGGCCGGCUUUCCCUGGUAGAGAGUGCUGGGCUAGCCUGCGACCCUUUCGGCGGCGGCGGGCCCAGGGGCGGAGGUGGCGGCCUGCGUGCGUUUGGGCCCGCCGUCGGGGGUCUGCUGGCCGAGCCAGCGCCCGCUGCGCUGGCCGAGGAGGAGAGCCCGUGGAUCUGCUCCGACUGCGGCAAGACAUUCGGGCGUCGCGCGGCGCUGGCUAAACACCAGCGCUACCACGCGGGAGAGCGGCCGCACCGCUGCGCCGACUGCGGCAAGAGCUUUGUGUACGGCUCACACCUGGCGCGCCACCGCCGCACGCACACGGGCGAGCGGCCCUUCCCAUGCCCCGAGUGCGGUGCGCGCUUCGCCCGCGGCUCACAUCUGGCGGCGCACGUGCGCGGCCACACGGGCGAGAAGCCCUUCGUGUGCGGCGUGUGCGGCGCAGGUUUUAGCCGGCGCGCGCACCUGACGGCCCACGGUCGCGCGCACACGGGGGAGCGGCCCUACGCCUGCGGCGAGUGCGGCCGCCGCUUUGGACAGAGCGCGGCACUGACACGGCACCAGUGGGCGCACGCCGAGGAGAAGCCACACCGCUGCCCCGACUGUGGCAAGGGCUUCGGCCACAGCUCGGACUUUAAGCGGCAUCGGCGCACGCACACGGGCGAGAAGCCCUUCCGCUGCAGCGACUGCGGCCGCGGCUUUGCGCAGCGCUCCAACCUGGCCAAGCACCGGCGUGGCCACACGGGCGAGCGGCCCUUCCCUUGCCCCGAGUGCGGCAAGCGCUUCUCGCAGCGCUCGGUGCUCGUGACGCACCAGCGCACGCACACGGGUGAGCGGCCCUACGCCUGCGCCAACUGCGGCCGCCGCUUCUCGCAGAGCUCGCACCUGCUCACCCACAUGAAGACGCACCGCAGCACGGCGGGCGCGCCCGGCCCUGCGGCGGUGGUGGCGGCCUCUGCGUCCAAGGCUGAGGCACUCACCAAGGGACCGCCGGGUGGUGGCGCGGGCUCCGCGCCGGGGGAGCGUGGCAGCACCCUGCUGGAGUUUGCGGGCGGAACGAGCUUCGGCUCCGAGCCAGCGGCCACAUAUGCGGGGCCCUCGGGCACCUUCGAGGAGAGCAUCAUGUGAGGGCCCAAGGCCGACGGAGGCGCAGCCCGCUGGGCCACCGGCCUCUACCCGGGUCGGCUCGGGCACCGGCUUCUGCGCGCCGGCCCCUUGCUCCUCUGGCAUCGGGGGGGGGGGCUGAGGGUCCCACUCCUGGUGCGGUGCUUUCCCCUCAGUUCCUGGCGCACCGUCCCUUUGGCCCCGGGCUUCCCUCUGGGCCCACCCAGAGGACCGGGUCUCCAAGCUCGUCCGGCCAUGUGGGGGCGCAUGGAGAGAGGAGAGCCAUGUUCGGCGGCGAAGAGGGCAGGGGGGGACCACCCUGACCAAGACUGCGGCAUCCGUGGGCCUAUGCUGAGAAGCUAAGCGGUAGGGAUGGCAAGCUGUUAUUUAUUUUACUCGGAUGCCGAUUUGGGUGGCCAAGGGGACAGGUGGCUGAUGAGUUUGUAACUGGGUUUUACAGCGAGGGAGAUGGAGCCCUUGUGUCAAGGGGAGGGUGGAGGUGUCAGGGCAGAGUGCCCGGCUACUGCAGUGGGUUUGGCUGACGACUUCUUCCCAUUCCUCAGUGCGAGACUUAAGGGACCUUCUGGUCAUUUAAGUAUGUCCGGGAAGUUUUAAGGACUGUGCACGGGACAAAGGGAAGCCUUGUGGGUUUCCAAAGGACGAUGUUCCUCCUUAACCCAGGGGGACAGAGAUUCAACUGGGAAAGCUUUUAUUCUGACUGUAGUCUGUGGAUAUUUAUUUCCAUCUCUUGCUUGGCCUGAAGAAUCUGGGAGGAGAAAGAGCCAGAAACUAAAUUUGCGGCAGGGGCAGAUGAGUUGCAGGUGUUCGUGGGGUCCCCAGGGCACUUGAAGCCUUAACUUCGGGGAUCCCUUGUUCUUCUCAACCCCUUGGAGCAUCGAGAUCAGCCAGGCUCUAGUUAGCCUGCUGGGUUUUAAUCUCAGCCUCCCCAUCAAGUGCUAUGUACUCACUUGGGCAGCUGGAGGUGGCAAACUCAGAGAUCCUUGGGGCACACUGGCAGGCUCCUGCAGCCCUGGGCCCCAGCCUUCAGCUCCCUGCGGUGCCACCUCCCCUGGAGGAGGUGGGCACGUGGGGCUCUGCCCUUCUGAGCCUGACGACUUUGGAUUUAACACCAAAUGUAAAGUGACUGAGGUUGGUAGCAGGAUCAUUCCUUAUGUCCCAUAAUUAGGGCCCUGGGACACACUGCUUCUGUCAUUGUUCUACCCUAGAAGCAAGUCAUGUUUCUGUUUUGAGUCCCAUUACACAGGGCCGGCAGUCUGCACAGUGGAAGCCCACCUCCAGGGGUGUGAAUCUGAGCCAGAGGCUCAAAAACUCACCAACCAAGCACCCUGCUAUGCAAGGCCUGCGUCUGGCAGGCACCCCACCCUCUGCGGGGUGGUGGGGAGCCACCUGGCAGGUAGCUGAGGCACAGCUCAAGUGAGAUUCCCCUCCCUUAAUGCCUUUUGGGCCAGUGUGAAUGGGGCCAGAAAACUGAUAUUUUUAAGCAACUGCAUUCCCUUUUAGACCUAGUUCCUUCUGUUUUAGUGUAGACAUGGCCUUGGGGCCUGAGAGCCAGCAACCAGGCUGCUAGGGACUGGGACCGGGGUAGGAGGCGCAGUAGUUGGUGGGUGGGAAGAAGGCCUGGAUGGUGGUGGGAAGCAUUAGCCUGGCGGGGUGAGGUGGUAGGGUGGGGUGGGGGGUGAGGAGGGCAGGAGUCCCUGGGGAGGCAUCAGUAGUGCUGGGUGGUGCCUUCUCUGUCCUCGGUGCCCCUCCUUUCCCUGUGGGACACGAGCCUCAAUAGGGCCAAGGGCAGGGUGAGCAGGCCGCAUGGGAGGCCGGCUCUGUGCCUGUCCCUCCCCGCAUGCUCCUUGGGUGCAUACCUUUGGUGCCCCUCCUGGGCCCCAGCUGCUUCUGACCUACCCUGAAGCUGUCGGCAGGAGGACCUAGCUUUAAUAAAGAGUGGAGAAAUGAGCUUUCUGACUGGCCUCAUGUUGUUGCAGCUCUUCAGUGCCCUCAGGGAGGCUCUGCAAGGCCCAGGCCCGUCUUGUUUCUGCAAACAUGUUUUCAGGAGUUUCUCUUUACAGAAACUAGAACUGGGCUGUGAGGAGUCAGCCCAAACCAGCUUUGGCCCCUGCUGCCUGUGUCCACCAAGUCUUUCUGGGAGUCCCCAGUGGGCCCCCUGCACUGCCACAUAUUCCUUGUAACACAUACCUAUCUUGGGACAUUACUGUGUUUAGGAUUGUUCUGUCCCGCCUUUCUGUGGUUGAAAGAGAGGGGCCAGGUUCCCUUCCCGGUGGUCCAGACAUGAGUCACAGACCUUUCCUCUCCUCUGAACUGAUUUAUUAACUGUAUUCUUUCCAUGUGGUGUCCCUGUGACUAGAUCUGACCUUCCCAUCCUUUCCCCAUGGAUUAGAGAAAUAUAAACUAUGAAGUAAAUUUGCUUUUUGAGUGUGAUUUGGAGGCAUCAGAACAGAAACCAGUAUUUCAUUAAAAAAAAAAAUGACAGGCUUUGAGUGUCAGAUGGAUGUUAAGACCUAGUUUUAAAUGGAUGGCCUGGAGGAACUUAAAGUAUCCAGAAAAGCUAAAUUACUCCUUGAUAGAGCUAACAGCUGUCCAGUCAAAUACUUUAUUCUAGGGGAAAAAAAUCCAAUUCUGAUGGUUGUAGAAAAGAAACAAAGCCUUCAUGAUUUUGAGAGGACAUCUGAAUUUUUGGAGUCCUGAUUCAUUACCCAAGUGUCACUUUAGCAUCUCCCAUCAUUGCCAAGGAAGAGUGGAAGACCCCAGUGACCCCUGAGAUGUGACCCAUGAAAGGUGGUACUUAGAGAGUCACGAGGCCCUGAGCACCCCUCUGCCUCACCCACCUUUGGUAUUUUCCUUUUUCUCUAUUGCUUGAAUUUCCCUAACCUUCUUUCUUCUGACCCUUUCACUUAAUCUCUUCAAACAUUUCCUCCUCUUUUUUCUUUCUCUAAUUGGCUACGUAUGGAAUAAAGUAUUUUGAAAUUUUUGGUUAUAUUUAUUAAAUAAAGCUUUAUGAUUCAUGUUCA